UGGAUUAGUAUGAGCGUAAUUACUCGAUUGAAUUCACCACAGUUCAGUCUUUUACCCACUCUCUGCUCUUUUCCUUUAGUCUUUCUUAUUUAUUUAUUUCUUAAGCCACAGUUGUUGGGUUUUCUGCGCGAUUUGAUCAUACUAAAAGAAGAGUGGUGCAAUUAUUUAGGCGAACAAUCGAAAAGUCCGUGGCUCCGUGUGGCCUCAGUUAUGAGUGACUUAUCGACUAAUAUUUGUUUUGAUGCAUUAUCUGUGCUAAAUGGCAGUGUUCAAUUGGUGGAAAAUGUGUGCAGCAUUUGUGGAGCCUCGCACUACACCCAGAAUUGUCCAGAGUUUGCCAAAGGAGACCAUAUCAAAGAUAAGCCUUCGCUUAACCUCUCAAGGUCAUCGGUUCCAAAUGGGCUGCUGAUAAUGGACGGGGCUGGCCCCGAUGGAACCAGCUGCGUCGUGACGUCACAAAAGUUCGCCAAAGGAACGCGCUUCGGACCGCUGCUAGCGCAAAAAUCCUACGCACCGAUCAAGAACAUCCCCUUUCCGCUGGUGCUUUUCGCGACCCCAUUCUACUAUGGCAACGAGUUUGACUUUGAGCUGCAGACACUGUUCAACGGGCGGGAUGUGUAUCUGGACACCCGGAACGAAAACAAGUGCAACUGGAUGAUCCACGUUAGUCUGGCGCGGUUUUCCAACGAACAGAAUCUAAUCUGCUAUCAGGAAAACGACGAGAUAUACUAUACAGCCAUAAAGGACAUCGAACUGGGCGACAUCCUGCGGGUUUGGUACUCGCGCAACUACGCAGCCAAAAUCGGAACCACCUUGCUGGAACCGAGCCCGUAUGACAUUUGCAAUAAUAUUCUUCGCUCGGUCAGUCUGGACUAUGGUCUGAAUCUGGAUCAGAACCAAAAUUAUAUGGACAGCUUCACGUCCCCGUCGGGAGUACAUCACCUACACCAUCAGCAGCCACACCACUCGGCGUCAUCUUCGUCUUCUUCAACAAUGAUGGCGGGUGGAAGCGAUAUGAACAACAAUAGCCACAUUGUGUCAGUUCCCUCCGGGGAAGUAGCUUCCAGCUAUGACAAGAUUUCCUUGCCACCGAUCGAUAGUCUGAUGAAAACUUCAUCGCCGAAAUACACCAAUCACUACCACAUGUUCGAUCUCGAUCUUAUCGGUCAUGCGCAGGUAUGCGACGAUUACGCCCAACUUAGUGCACCUUCGCAAAUGCAUCAUUCUAGUCAGCACCAUCAGCACCAGUCACCGUCACAUGCACAAAUACAGCACCAACAAGCCGUAGAAAUGCAUCAGCAGCAGAUGGUGAAUUCAUCAUUUUCAACCGCCUACCAGACGCUACCAGAGGACACUCUCAGUCCGGCCGAUUUGAUCAACAUUUCACUAGGUGCCAGCGAUAUGAACAUUUCGUUCGACUCAUUCAGUGCCAGUAAUCUAAUCGGUUACGAUGGUGGCAGCAGCAGUGGCAGUAAUCUGGGUGAUUCCGGCAUCAGUGUUAGUGGCGGGCAAGCUAUGGAUAAACUGCAUAGUCGCUACUCUUCGUCGACGGAUUCGCUGGUUACGUUGAAUGAUAAUUUGGGUAUGGUUCCGGCAACACCUGCACCGUCUACAUCCGGCGCGCUGGUGGUUGCCCCGGUUGCUGCUGAUUCGGAAACGGAUAAGAAAUAUCCCUGUGAAAUAUGUCUACGAAAGUACAUGACCAAAUCGAAUCUAGACAAGCACAUGAGAAAGCACAAUAUGUUCCUGUGUGUUUUCUGUAUGAAGCUUUUCCAACUUGCCGAAGAGUUAAAGGAUCAUGAGUGUACUGAACGGAAGUCCAAGACGGCUUACUUACACUGUCCCAAAUGUUUGAAAGUUCUCUCAAACUCGUGGUCGCUUCAGCGACACAUGAAAAUACACAAGGACCCAAACGAAUCGGUGCUCGGAGUGCCGGAAGAAUCCGCCGAUAAGCUGCUGGUGGAGCCGAAAGAACCACCAGUCAUAUUUGAUGAAAUCGAAACGUGUGCCUUGGACGAACUGAAACCUAGUAUCGGAACGCUCGAGGUGACCAACGAACCACUUAUGUUGGCUGUCGACGAAACUAGUGAUAUGAUAAUGGAGACAGAACAGCCGCUGCAGUCCCAAGAAAUGGACAUUGAGCAGGAAAUCGAGUCCAUGCAGCAGUCACAAUCGCAGCCACAGCAGCUUUCACCAAUGGUUAUUCAGUCGUUAACGAGUCUUCCAGCACCGCAAAUUCCUAUAACAAACACCUGUUCAAGCCAGGAAAUGAUAACCGACGUUCAGGCAGCUAACGGAAAGCAGCUGUACAAGUGUAUUGUUUGUGCUAAACUAUUCAAAAACCCCAAUGCAUUGGAAAAGCAUUUGCGAAAAGUUCAUACCGUCUACACUGUAUCGAAUGACUACAAAUCGGAGAAAAAAGUCAUAACCCAGAUAAGUCAGAAGAAAACAUCGCCCAUCAAACCAGCAAUCGCCAAGGCACUUGCCACCAAGCUAACCCAGAAAAACAAGAAAAUCGAAUCGAAUGCCGCCGCCGGUACAAGUGCGGACUUCAAUUCCAGCGUGCCAAUGGUGCCAGAACAGUCAAUUCACGUGCCUCGUCAAUACAAUAAAAAGAAACAUUCAAACAAGACAAUAACGUCGUCGUUAGCUCCACCGGGAUCGACAAUGCAGAUAGCGCAGCCGACAGCUUCCACCUUCAGCUCCGGCAGUCCGACAGCGACCGCUGCUAGCAAAUCUCACAGCAUAAUUAUAAUCUCCAAUCUCGAGCUGACCAACAAUAACCUUAUCGAUACUAGUCAACUGUUUUUAAACCAGAACAGUAACGCUCUAGGCAAUAAGAUAGAUCUUAAAGUAUUAAAUUCGACCGACAAGUUACCAAAGCUGGUACCGAUUUCAAACCACGGUUCACAUGCGCACCUGUCACACCAGCAACCGUCGGCCAGUACCGGCCUUCUUGCCUCUGCUAUUGUCCCAACGGCUUCCCAAGCAAUUCCAACCAGCCAGUUCCAGACGGUACCGAUCACUACACUGCAGUCGGCAACGUCAAACAUGAACGGUUCCACUAGCGGUACACUGCUGGACAGAAUAGCAUCAUCCAGCCAGCAUGGUUUAAACACCAUCAUCGAAACCAGUGGAAUCGUUGACGAAUCCAGCAGCCAACUUCUCACCGAAUCUCCUGUCAACGGUGAACCACACCUCUUGACCCUCUCCCCGAUUAAAAUCACAAACCACCACGGAAGCAACGAGGGACAUCAGGGGGACCGAGUGGCUGAAGCGUCGAACACAAGUUUCCUAAGCCCGGACGAGCUCUCUGCGGACGCUAACGAUAGUAACCAGUGCGAUGGCGAUAGCGAAAGCGCGCAACUAACCCCGACCAGCUAUCCGUGCGAUGAGUGCGAUAAGGUGUUUCCGAAGAACUACCAACUGAAACGCCACAUGGAAAUUCACGACAGCACGUACUACAUGUGCCCGUACUGUGACCGGUCCCCGCUGAAGGCGAAAACGUCGGUCCGCAAACAUUUGAACACGAUCCAUCCGGAGCGGGCCCCUCCGAAGGAAGAGAUGAACAAAUUCAUCUCCACCCUCGUAGUCAAGGACGAAAAAAUACUACAAGAACUGUACGCCAAACACGAGCGUAAGAUCCGAAACAAAUGCGCCAAACUGCAGGCAAAACAGCUCCAGCAACAACAACAACAGCAGCACCAACAACAACAACAACACCAACAGCAGCAAGUGACGUCUGUUCGCGUGAUUCAGCAAGAGGCCUCGGUUGAGUUAACCGGCGAAUCAGUUGCCCCCGAGGAAAUGCUUAACUCCUAUCAGAGUGACUCAUGUGGAGAUGAGCUGGAACAGCACGAAUCCCCGAUAGAAAACAGCGAACGAAGGUGUAGUGCAAGCAGCAACGGUUGCAAUGAGAUUAGAAACGAUGAAACUAGCGGCCCCUUGAAGCGGAAGCCAAUCACCGAAGGACUAGCCGGUGUAUCCGCAACCGAAAGGCGGAAUAAUUCCACCGGGGAAGAUGGUAAGAAGAUGAGACUCGUCGACGCAAAUGGGCACGAACUGCGAUACCUUCCAGCGUCAGUUGCUAGUAAUAAUGGUGCGUUGAAGUACAUGAGGAAAAAGUUGAUUGGGUUGGGUGAGGGUAGCAGCAGCAGCAACAGCAAUAGUCACGCUCACUCAAUGCAUCCACCAGGUGGAGGUGGCGGGUCGGGUCAGGGCAAUGGUACACAUGGUCCUACCACGGCGGAUAAUCAAAUGAUAUUGGACAAUCUGUUUGAUAACAUUUCGAUUGAGAACUACGAGUUCGAUGAUAAUACGUCGAUUCAGUCGUACAAUUUGAUUGAGGAACGAUUCAAAACCUCGUUCGAUCAAAUUCAGGAGAAGCUGGACGCCGAACUGUCGUUCGACGAGGAGCAGCUCAAGUGGCAGAACAAUCUGAUGGCGAAUGAUUCGUCUAACGAGAUCGGCGACAAACUACUCAACGUCGAAGAGAAUAUCAUGCUUAUUUAGAGCAACGAGAGGAUAAUGGACUAGAUUUCCGAGGAGGGUUAGGGAUAUGAUGAAUGGUUAGAUGUGGUUUUCGUUCUUCAUUCGUUCUGCAUAUUUAUUUGCUGUAGUAUAAUUUUUUUUCCUUUAGUGGUUAAGUGUAACAAUGAAAUGCUUUUCUGUUCCGUUUUUCAGCUUUUCGUUUGUUUAAUUUUAGCUCUAUUUAUUACGUGCAUAUAUUUAUUAUAGAACCAUUGUGUGUUUGUAUACAAGAAAGCAAAGCAAGAAGGCUCGUUUAUUGCAAUAUCAAGUGGCAAUAUUACCAAAGCACAAAAAGCUUAGAUAAGUUAUAUUUAUCAUCGAAUAUUUUCUAUUUGUUCCUGUGUUGGUUUUCUUUUCAUCCAACUCGGCAGCUUUUAACUGAUCAUGAGCUGCAAACGUCGCGGCAGCUGAUUUCGAAUAGCAAAUCUAUUCUGCCCAGAAAAAGCAAAAAUCAAUUUUUACGAUCAGAGUUCAACAUAUUUCUUUCUCCUGUGCGACUCUUGGUUAUAGGGGAACAAGGGGCAAGAUUGCCAUACGGGGCAGAAUGGGCAUAUGUUGUUUCUAGAUUUCUGGUAGUAAUUUUGAAACUGUUAUAAAUUUGAAUCAUUAACAUUAAUCUGAAGAUGUAAUUUUAUUCAAAAUAACUGGAAAAAACAAAUUCGCUUUACACAAUCAACAAUUGUAUCAUUCAUGCACGUCUUGCGUAUAAUAUUAUAGCUCACAAGCGCGAAAAAUAAGGGUUUUUGCAUGCGUAUGUGUCGUUUUGGGCUCGAAAGUUUAUUUUCGGUAAUCGUUAUUGAUAUUCAAACAGUUUCAAUAAAUAAUGCAGUGUUUUCAAAUGAAACAUCAUCUAAAAACAGCUCUUUCUCAUAAGUGUUUCUCAUGGGGCAGAACGGGCACUGCUGGUAGGGGCAAAAUUGCCAUACCUAUGCACGAAAACAUAACCUACAAACCAGAAAGUGCUGUCAAAAAAGUAAACAUCGUGCUAGCAGCAGUUAAUAGUAAAAUGGUUCGGAAUUACAAACGGUUGUCGGGGCGCAAAAAAUGGUCACAGUCAUCAUUGGCCACUGCUAUAGACGCGGUUAUUUUUCAUCGAAUGUCAGUGAACCGAGCGGCUAUUGCACACGGCAUUCCAAGGCAAACGUUAAGCCGACAUUUAUGGCUGCGUCGAAAAGAUUCGUUUGUUGACAAUCAUUAAAAUAAAGUUACCUAAAUUUAGGUUUUGUCAUGUUUUAUUAUUUCUUCAUCCGCACAGUAGUGUUUUAUGGACCAAAACCUUAUUUUUAUAUGCGGGCAAAUUCAUAGAUAAUUUUCAAAUUGAAAAAGGCUAAAAAAUUAUGCUGUUUCGGAGUAUAAAUAGUGAAACAGGAAAGGAAAACUUUGUUUCGGUACCUACGAUUGUACGUUACAUUGAUACAUUGUUUAAUGUUUGCUUGAAAUCGAAAAAUAUGAACAUGCCCAUUAUGCCCCAUAGGUAUGCCCAAUCUACCCCGUACCGCGACCAGCCUCAUACUUUUUAGUGGCUUAGGAAAUUAUUUAUAAAUAUUUAAAUAACCUUUUUCUUUAGUUUCCAAUGUAGCAACUCUUGAGUAUUAUUCUUACUCUAUGUAGUAAAAAUGUAUUCAGUAGCUUUUUGCUCACUUUGCCCUAACAAUUUGAUAAGAAGCUUAAGGUGCCCAUCUUGCCCCUUGUCCCCCUAUUGCUAUUCCAUUUCACAUACUAAGCUUGCGUCUACAUUAAAAAUAUUUCAUUUGGUGGAGGCGCGUGGUUAAAAAUUAACCCAUGAGCUAUACUGCGGUUAGAAAUUGAAUUAUUUAUACUUCCCAAACGAAGACAGUUAUUUUAUCUUGACUGUUGUAAAAGAAAAUUAUUGCUUUUUUGUAUAUUGUUAGCAAUUUAAUCACCGAGAUAUUAGAGAAUUGAUCUUAAACACUUACUUAAUCGAAGGAGGACAAAUUGGUCCCAAGUUCAAGAGCAAUAAGGGAAAAAACGCGAUAAGAAAAAAAAAACCAAGUGCCAUUUUGCCAAGCGAAACUGGAAUGCAAUCAGUGUGCCUGUUGAAACCAAAAAAAUAAGCAAUGAAAAGUGAAAAUAUACCGAUGUUGAGUUAUACAUAUAUACAUAUUCUAGCGUGUAAGUAAAACGAAUCUCCGCACACCGGUUUAUUCUCCAUCCGCAAUCCCCUAAACCCGCCACAAAGCACAUCUUUUGUAUACAAUCAGCUGUAAACCAGGACGAUGUCGUCCCUACGUAAAGGAGAUUGUUCUUCGUUAAUCAGAGACCAAAGGUGGAAUGAUUUUACUGUGUACCGUAUGCAAAUUAUAUUGUUUUUAUUGCUUUAUUGUUUUUUUUUUUUUGUUUUCUCCUAACCUUAAGACUUAGUAUAAACGUGGGAGAGAUUUCACAGCAAACAGUUAAGAAGCAUUCAAUCAUAUUUUACCCUUUUUUCUUUCUUCUGUUCUCUGAAAUAUGGUUAGCAUACCUAUGUAAUAGUCUCAUAAGUACGUUUUCUCCCUGAUAUUUAUUAUGUGCUAAUAUUGUUCCCCUAUCGAGAAACCGUAUCAGCAGAUGCUGUUUCUCAAACGUGAAGCACUACUUCAAACACAUUCAACAAGCAAAACAAACCAUUAGCGCAAAAACUCGAUACCGAGCAUUGUCCAGUCAAAAUUGGGAUCCUCAAACGGGUCCGAGUAGUCGAAUACAAAGCCUAGAGAAUUAUGACCAGAUGAUAGGAAAGAGGAAGAGUGAAUAAAGAAAGAUUAUGUAUUUUUACCGUAAUUUACUUAAAGUUUACUCCAACUGGUUAGUGCCUAAGCUACUAAGAAAGAAUCACAGCAACUUAUAGAUCCUGUGCUGGAAGCAAAAACAAUUUGUGUAAUUCUUUCCACUGAAAAAAAUUACAUAAAUGAAGCUUUUCUUUGGUUCAUUUUUUGUGCAAGAUACAUAUAAAUGAUUUAUAUCGAAAUAA